AUGGAGUUGGGGUGGGGGGGUGGAGACGAUGAGGGAGUGGGGGUCGAGGAGGAGGAGGUGGUGGACGGGGUAGUUGGGGAUGGUGGCGAUGAGGUCGAGGGAGUGGGCGUGCCAGACGCGGAGGGAGUGGUCGGAGCCGGCGGUCCAGAGGCGGUGGGUGGGGGCGAGGGUCAUGUGCGUGAUGGGGAGUGGGUGGGCGGUGAUGGAGUGGAGGAGGUGGAGGGAGAAGAGGGAGUGGGGGUCGAAGGAGUAGGAGAAGUGGAGGAGUUGGGUGUGAGAGGCGUACCAGGCGAGGUGUUUGGAGGUGAGGAGGAGCGAGGGGGAGGGGGGGGAGGAGAGGGGGAGGGAGAGGGACUGGAGGAGUUGGAAGGUGAGGGGGGAGUAGACGAGGAGGGUGAGGUGGUGUGCCAGACGAGGAGGGAGCAGGAGGCGAGGCCCCAGACUUGGCGGACGUUGGAGCGGGGGGAGGAGACGAGGGUGAGGCAGGAGACGGGGGGGACGGCGAAGGAUUUGGAGAGCUCGCCGCUGGCGUAG